AUGGAGGGCGUGCCGAAAUUCAAGGAGCGCGAAAAGGCCCUCGAAGACGACUACAUUCGCCGCAAGGAGGCCGAGAAAUACAAACCCCCGGCGCCGACCCAGCCUGGAAGUACCCAGCCCUCGAAUCCGGAGCAUAAUGUACGUUUCUACGCCUACUCUAAUACCCUCUCUUCAGGCGCUGUGUGGACUAGGCUAACGGAAUACGAAUGCAAAAAGGCUAAACCCAAGAAAUGA